AUGCCCAAGAAGCACACCCCCUCGUACACGACUGCCAAACCCUCCUACGUCCACCCGUCGCUGCAGAGUUCGCGCUCCCCCGCUUCCUCUUCGUCGUCGUCUGAGCCUCAAACCGUCAACCAGCGCAUACAACAGCUGCGUCGCGAACAAGCUCCCAGAGCAACGCCCGAACAGCGAGAUGAGCUCACAUCGGUAGUAAGCAGUCGUACUGUCCCGCCGGAGCUGCGGCGCAUAUUGCACAUACCCGAAGUUAAUGCUCCUAAACCAAAGGCCAACACACGGGCGCGAAGGGUCAUGGGCGGCGUGAGACCGCCCCCAGGUCCUGCCGCACCUACGAGCUGGUUGCAGACAAGUCGCCAUGCACCAUCUUAUACGAGAAAGAGGAAAGCUGAGGCAGACAAAGGGGCCGUGAGGUUUGGAACGCUGGCCACAGUGACCAAUCAAGAAUACAAGCGCCUGCCACCACCGCGAAGCCUCGUCCACUACUGUCUACGGUCGUUUGCCCAAAAUUGGGAAGAGCUCAUCGAGUACGAACAACACUACAUAACAUCCCUACCGACCUCGCUGAAAGAAGCACUAUUGAGUUAUCUGACAUUAUACGGGGAGAAGGGAAGCCUGGACUUCAAGUCGCUCAGAAUCCUGUUCCAAGAUGAAGAGGGCACUGGUACAACAGGAUGGGAGGAAGUCCAAUUCCUCGAUUUCAGCGGAUUAUUGAGCGAACGCUUCAAGAUUAACGAUAUUGGAAAAUGCGUCAAGCGUCAUAGUGCUAUUACCACUAUGGAUGUUGCGGCCCUUCGCGUCACUGACGAAAUCGCCGAGUCCUGGGAAGAGGAAGUUCAGGAGAGCGUGACAAUUCCCUCGGUACCAGCGAUGAAGCUCCAAACUCCCUUUUUCAACAACUUGAGCCGACUGUCUCUUGCUCACCCUGGGCAAUGGGCGUCAUGGCCCGAUCUGCUUCGCAUCUCGCCGAACCUCAACAAGAUCACGCAUCUCUCCCUCGCUCAUUGGCCCCGUCCCACAAUGACACCAAACGCCAACACCACAUCGAUGGUUUCCCAACAAACAAGUGUUUCACUAGGAGGAUCACACUUCUAUUCCGAUCUCGACGACGACUGGCAUGAAGCUACCAAUAUCUUACGUCGCUUUUCAAAAGAUACGUACUCACUACAGUGGCUCGACUUAGAAGGCUGUAACUGGCUUAAAGCCUUGACGUCGCAUCCCGGCCGCACAGCUACGGAUACAAAUGCAAGUACGGAAUGGAACACACAAACUGGAAUUCCCGGUCCAGAUUGGAACGACGCCUGGCGCCGUAUAACCUACGUCAAUUUCUUCCAAGGCUGGAUCCCAAGCGACAGUCAAAGUCUACAAAAUAUGCCUGCGGGCAUUGUACCAGUGCAAUUACUCCGCUGGCUAAGGGAUAACAAGGACAAGGAAGGUGUUAAAUGGCGUCUGAAUCCACAGGAAACCGGGCAUGCGGUGGCGGAGUGGGUGAAUAGAGAAAAAGUCGCUAGACUUGUUGGCAUGGACAUCCAGGGCAUCCGUAAACGAGGCGAGGGCGCCUGGUGUCGCAUCGACUUUGGAUGGGGAGCUUCUGGCGAGAGGGUGGUCUGA